CCGCAGUUGACGACCGACGCCCCCAUAAUAAUUCCUACGCCAUUCAAUCAUCAGGUACGCUACCACUGGUAUUAUUUCCUAUUACUACUCGCUUAAUCCCUCUUCUGUCUUACUUCUUCCUCUCUCUUUCCUCUUUUCAUCUUUACCCUUUCUAUCAUUCAUUCCACCGUCUUCCUCCUCCCUAACCUCUCUAGGUAAAUGAUGAUAGAAAGGUUAUCGUGUCAACCCGUCCACCGCUUGUGCUUGCACGCCCCUCUUCGCGUCUCCCUCGCUGGGAUUUGUCUGCUGCCGUAAGGCACGGGCUUGACGCCCCGACUGUCGACCUCAACAACGUCUCAUCCCUUCUUCGUUCCUCACAAACUCAAUAUGGCUUUUCGAGAAAAGGUCAAACGGGCCUUCCAUCGCUCAACCAACAGUACCUCGUCUAAAUCAAAAGGCAAUGGCACCCCAAUUAAGAUUGAGUACUAUAAGCGCCAUGAGAUCCCUCGCUCCAAGUUCCGUGGACCUUUCGACCCUGAACAUCAAAAGAGAUUGGCUGCUUGGUCGUUCGAUGCUGCUUCUGCUGAACGACCUCGUUCGAUGGAUCUGUCUCUCUCCCCAUGUGCGACUGUGCCGGAUUACUUGAGACCCCACGAGGAGGACGAGGAUGUCGCUCCGGAUCAUGUUCCCGAUCACCGGCCCCAAGCGGAUUUCUUAGACUCUACUGUUACCGUCACACAUGCCGAAUACGCUCCUGAUCGCCAAAACGAUGCGGGAUCCGAGUCUUCUACGGCCGUCGAUCCCGAGAGCCUUACUGGUUCGAUGAUGACGCUACUCCCCGACAACAGUCCGGAGGAUCACAUCAGCCAUCUCAAGGAAACUGUUCGCUACACCUCGCCGGCUGUAAGGGCUACUCCUUUGCCCAUGUCGCCCAAGGGGCCCAUGUCUCCCAAGGGAACCUUCAUGCCCUUCUCUCCCGAUGAUCUGGCACGGGCGUUGAACGCCGUGCAGAUCUGCUCAUAAAUAUGAGCCAUCUGUCUUCAGGCAAGAUCACCUUCCUUUUAUUCUAUCUGUCCAAGCGACUCGUCGACCUGGUCGACUAUUAUCUGCGUCCCUGGCGUACGCUUUUCAGCUAUUCACCCGACGGGGAUUAGACAAUCUGGCAUUAAGCCACUGAACCGAUUUUAAUCAUCAGACGAGUCAAGACGAUGACGCUCGAAUAUGAGUCAGUCAUCCGAUGACUCGUCCCUUCUUGCAUGCUUCGGAUUGGCCGACUCAACACAACUGGGCUUUCACUUUUCUUAUUCCCAGAGUCGAACAUCCAUCCAAGCACAAUUAUUGCAUUGCGAUUGAGCGUAUACCCGUUCUGGCGGUUUUGCUUUUUCCAGCGGGGGACUUCUGUUCUCCCCUGCUAUCGAUAAUCUAGUGAUAGACGAAUGAAUCUAUUGUACGAUUUCAAUAUUCUUUUCCAUUAAUCCACUUAUC